GCCAUCAUGGCUUCGCUCCCUUCCCCAUUUUUAAAGCACAUUGAACCGAUAAACUUCUGAUUAUUCUACAAUCUAAACCCCCCGCAAGCAACAUCAAAGCGACCAUGUGUAUCGUCCUCGUAACCACUGCACAUCCUUCCUACUCACUCAUCAUCCUCGACAACCGCGAUGAGUUCAUCCUCCGUCCGACGAGCAGGCCGCAUUGGUGGCAUUCCCAUCACCAGGAAAUCCUCUCCGCUCGGGAUCUUCAGCGUGAAGAGCGGGGGACCUGGCUCGGGAUCACGAAAACGGGCAACUUCGCUGUCCUGACGAACUACCGCGAGACCGAUACUCACGAUGCGAACCAUCCAGUAAUGGGGUCAAGGAGCAGAGGAGGGAUGGUGACUGCCUGGUUGACAAGCCCAGAGGACGAAAGCACGGAACAAUUUGUACAUCAUUUGUUGGAGGGCGAGGGAGUGAAGGGUGUUGGCGGCUUCUCCCUCGUCUGCGGGAAGUUGAGGAAGCGGAGAGAUACAGAGCAUGAAUUGGAGCCGUUAGCAAUCAUAUCGAAUCGUGCAGGGAGUCCAGAUGAUGUCCCAUGGAUUGCACAGAAACGGGGCCAAGUGUACGGGCUGAGCAAUACUUCUUUCCUGGAUCCAGAGACAUGGCCAAAGGUACGGAUGGGCAGAGAAAAGGUGCUGGGGGUAGUGAAGGAGGUCGUUGAUGGUGGCUUGGGAGAGCAGGAGCUGGUGGACAAAUUAUAUGCCGUCCUCGAUACAGAUACCCUCCCCCCACAGGAGGGAGAGGACUUCGAGGAGUACAUCUACCAACUAAGGCAUUCCAUCUUCAUCCCCGCCAUUGGACAUGCAGCAAGACCAAAGGUUCCCAAGGCCGAUGCAAUCGCAUCCGCCAACACAGCAGUGGCAGCGAACGGGAUCAAAGAAUGCGAGGACUCGGAGGAGGAGCUGAAGGAGGAAGAAGCACCGGAUCCAGAACAAAGCCCAGGGAUGACGGGGAUCUAUGGGACGCAAAGACAAACUAUAAUACUGGUGGACUGGGAAGGAAAUGUCACGUUCAGAGAGCGCUCGCUCUGGGAUGCAGAGGGAAAUCCCAUAGAGAGGGGGAAAGCAGACAUGAAGUUCGAGUUCAAGGUCGAGGGAUGGAAUGGCGAAAACUUCAUUUGGGUUUGAAUUUACAUAGUGUCAAGCUGGCACCUAGAAAUUGGCAUGGUUCCUGAUCUAUCCCUUGUAGUCGCUCUGAAAUUGCAUUUGUUGCUUUUGCCAAGAGCACAUGAUGGCUCCUGUUCAGGAGAAGCGA